AUGGCAAACGAGUGUAAUCGCGUUAUCGUGGAAAAGUACAUCUGCCAUAAACUCUCCAGGCAGGGAUACUCGUGGGGAUCGGAAGACCUCCGGGACCGGGAUGCUCCCUAUAACGGAUCUUUGGGUGACCGGUCGCCGGCCCCGGUCCGCCGGUGCCGGGCCGCGGGCUCCGGGCUGGACGGGGCGGGGGGCAGCCCGGUGCUGGUCCGGGGCCAGCGGCUGCAGAUGCUGAGGGGGCCCGACCCGGACGCAGCCAUCCACAGGGUCCUGCGCGAGGCCGGGGACGAGCUGGAGAGACUGUACCGGCGGGACUUCGCGGAGAUGUCCCGGCAGCUGUACCUGACCUCCGCCACGGCCAGGGGGAGGUUCGCCGAGGUGAUAGACGAACUGUUCCGGGACGGCGUCAACUGGGGCCGGAUCAUCGCCUUCUUCGAGUUCGGGGGCACCGUGUGCGUGGAGUGCGCCGCCAAGGAGGAGAUGACGCCUCAGGUGGAGCACAUCGCCGAGUGGAUGACGGAGUAUUUAAACGGAUCUCUGAACAGCUGGAUAGAAGAUAACGGGGGAUGGGUAGAUGUGGCCGUGACGCAAGACGGCGCAAGCGCCGGAGAUGGACGGACUUCCUCCUCCGAGCGGGGCUCCCGUUGGUGGAUCGUUUUGACUGUCAGCGUUAAUCCAGCCAAUCGGGCGCCGCUGGUUGCCACACCUCCCCACGCUUUGAUAUAA